AUGACAGGUGACUACCAAAUGUCACUUCCUUACCCCAACCCCUCUCUAAGCCAAAUGUCCUCCAUCCAGAACACCGAUACAUCUCGCCACGGCCAGCCUGAGCCUUCACCCGUACGGAAUCGUCACAAUGUUAGCGGCGUACGCCAGAAGGUUCUCAUGGGCUCGCUACUCGUCGGACUUCUCUUCUCUAGUCUUGAUACCUCCAUCGUCGCAACGUCUCUGGUCACCAUCUCGCACGAACUAAACGACUUUGUUAAUGCUCCAUGGAUCAUUUUGGCAUAUCUUUUAACUUACAUGGGAUUCGCCGUUUGCAUUUCAAAGUUGAGUGACAUCUACGGUCGGCGAAACAUGCUCAUUCUGUCGUGGAUUAUUUUCAUUGCCUUUUCAAUGGGGUGUGCAACUUCAAAAAGCAUGAUUGCACUGAUUGUCUGCCGAGCUUUUCAAGGUAUUGGGGCAUCGGGCCUCUACAGUCUCACUCAAAUUGGACUUAUUGAAGUUGGCCCAGUUCAUCGACCAAGUCUAAUUGGUGCCAUGAUUGGAGCGACACUUGCUGCAGCAUUUGUUAUGGGUCCUCUCGUUGGUGGUGUUAUAUCUCAACUGUCGGACUGGAGAUGGUUGUUUAAUAUAAAUAUCCCAUUUGGUCUUAUAACGAUUCUCAUCAUUACCAAUUUCUGGCCUCACGAAGAUGUUGCCGAUCUGCUUUCUUGGACAGCCUUCAGGAGCAUCGACUUCAUUGGUAGUGCGACACUGCUCUGUAGCUCCGGGUUUCUAGUCUUUGCCAUGCAGCAGGCCGGCUCACAGGCUUUCGCUUGGGAAAGUCCAGCCGUUGUCAUCAGCUUUAUUGUCUCGAUUUUGAGUUGCAUCGUGUUUGUUGCAUGGGAGGUGCAUUUGGCACGCAAACGACAUCGCCAUAUCGAGCCAAUUUUCCCAAUAGGGCUUAUGGGGAAUCGGGUAUAUGCCGCCGGAUUACUGGUCACUUUAUUCACUGGCUUUCCAUAUAUUUGCUUCUCCAUCAUUCUGCCCGAACGAUUCCAAAUGGUAAACAAUCAGAAUGCACUUAUGGCAGGCGUCCGCAUUCUCCCUAUGCUCAGUGCUUGCGCCUUCGGAUCAUUCCUUGGGGGAGCCAUAUCAAGCAAACGAAACAACACGUCAUACACACUAGUAGCAUCGUCCUGUCUUCAGCUGCUGGGAGUUGGUCUCAUGACAACUGUAUCUGGUGAUUCAGAAACGACAGCAGGCCAAUACGGUUACCAGGCCAUCUUUGGUUUAGGUGUUGGCUUAUCAUUCUCAGCGGCGACAAUUAUGACGAACAUUCUAGCUACCGAACCAAAUGAAAGAGCGUCUGCGCAAGGUGCCGUUGCACAAGCAAGGGUUCUUGGCGGAUGCAUCGGCUUGUCUCUAUGCACAAUUCUGUUCAACGUUCACGCCAAUGGCCGUUUGAGCGGUCGAUUGACGGACAAAGAGCUAGAUAUGCUGCAUCGAUCUCCAUUAUCGGGAUUGCAGUUGCCAGAUAAACUACGAGAACUCGUCAGGGAAGUUUAUAUUGGCGCAUUUGAGCGAGAAAUUGAGGUUAUUGGCUUGGCUUGUGCCGUCAUGGUGGUCAUCUCUUUGUUCACUCUAGAGAAGCAUCCGACACCUAUUGAGCGAAUAACGGCUCCGGUCAAGGACGAAUCGUCAUCGUAUCACAGGGGAAGUGACUCUGGGACUGAGAUCAACGACGUCACUCUUUCUCGUCGAAUGGCAUAA